AUGAGUAGUCGAAGAACAACCUUGUUUGUAGCUGGCUUUGGCUCUCAAAUACGUGCAAGAGAUUUGGCAUAUGAGUUUGAAAGAUAUGGACGUUUGAUCCGAUGUGACAUUCCUGCUCCGAGAAGUUAUCAAUCUAAGCCAUAUGCAUUUGUUGAAUUUGAAGAUGAAAGAGAUGCUGAGGAUGCUUAUUAUGAAAUGCACAGUCGUAGAAUUUAUGGAUAUACUUUAAAUAUUCAGUGGGCAAAAAAUGCACCAUCUAGAUCUUGGCGUUAUGAAAGUAGCAGCAGAAAUUCACCUCAUCGUCGUCGUUCCAUAACCCCGCCAUCACUAGAAACAGAUCGUGCCCGGUCCUCUGUUGCGCGUAGAAGUCGUACCCGUUCUAGAUCACCAGCAAAAGAUAUAACAACAACAAAUGGUGAUGAAAAAAUUGAAGUUAAAAAUGAAAUGUCAACAUCAACGCCACCACCAAAGGAUGCUGAAAUGAGGAGUGCGUCACGUUCACCACCACCAGCACCUAUAAAGGAAGAAUUUUCAUCUCCAAACGGUCAGCCUGCUUCAUCUCCUCCAUCUCCAUCUCCUCCACAAAAAGAUUAA